AAGUCAUAACCUCACUACUUCCCGGUGCCACCCCUGGGCCCCUACUUUACAAUGACAGAAUCUGGUACGAUAGCACGAUAGAGGUGCAAGUGCAACCGAGCCCGAGCUCCCACCACGAGCUCAUCACGCGGCCUAAAUCGUGGACCAAAUAGGAACGUUGGUUGACGUUCGGUCGAGAUCCACCAAUUCACGCAUCAACAAAAAUCUAAAACACUAACAAGAGUUCAUCAGAUGGACUUACAGAGUUGGACGCUUCCCCCAGCUAGCCUAGCUAUAUAUAUAUAUUGUAUUUUUGGUUGUUGUUGCCUGCCGCUCAAGCUAGGCGCCAAUCAAAUGUUUGCUUGGUGUCAUCCUGCGCGGCGGUAAACGCCCGCUAUUCCACGGUUUCCACCCCUUAUCCGUCACGACGACUUCCAUCAAAUGGUUGCAACCGCGUCGCCGAGAAACCUCUCGGAAAUGGUGCCCCCCCCCCCAUCUCGUCCCUUCCCUCAAAUAAUACCCGGUCUCCCGCCUCCUUUAAGUCCCCGCUAAAUCCACACCAAUAAUUCCAUAACAACCAACCCCUUAUCUCGCCAAAGAAGAACAAAACAACGGAAAAGAAAGCCGUGGAUCACUGGCGUCCGUUCCAAUGGUCAUCGCCAAGGCGUGGUUCGCCGAUCUGCGGGCGCUAGUCGGCACCGGGGCCGGCUAUGACCGCGGCCUCCGGCCGGACGACGCCCCGGGCGUUGUCGGGAUUCUCGCCUUUGAGGCCGCGGCCACCAUGGCCCGCCUCGUCUCCCUCCACCGCGCCCUAUGCGAGCCGGAGGUCCUCCACCUCCGGUCCAACACCAUGCGGUCCCAGGGGGUGGCCUACCUCAACUCCACCGACCAGUUCCUCCUCUUCCGCCUCGCCUGCGCCGAAUCGAUGGACGACCUCGACCGCGCCGCCGUCGCCAUCUCCCGCCUCGGCGUCCGGUGCCGCGGGGCCCUCCCGAGAGGCUUCGCCAACAUCUACGCCGACCUCAAGGCCGGCGAAAUCAUCGCCGAUCCAGACCGGCUUGGGCUGGGGUCCACUCCGAAGGCGGUCGAGAAACGGGUCAGAAAGAUGGCUCGCUAUGUCGCGUCGACGGCGAGAUUGUACGCGGAGAUGGAGCUGCUGUCCGAAUUGGAGGCGUCGGAGCGGAAGAAGGAGCAGCAGUGGAGGCGGUACAGCGGGCCGAUACCGAUGCAGAAACCUAUCGCCUCCGAUCCGCUCCGGCUCGAGAUCAAGUCGCAGCGUCAGAGAGUCCGGCGGCUCAAGGAGGAGUCUCUCUGGAGCCAGAGUCAGGAGAAGGUGGUGGACCGCAUGGCCAAAGCCGCCGUCUCCGUCUUCACCAGGAUCUGCGCCGUCUUCGGCCAGUUCGUGCCGGGGCUCCCUACUAACCGGACCGGUCUCAGACCCCGAACCUAUCCGAUAUUCACCAGCAAGUACUCGUCCGGUCCGAUGGAAAGACCGAUACCAAGGGAAUCGAACAUCAGAAACUCGGCUCCGAUCUUAAGAACAAGGGAAGUGAUGGCAAGGUCAUGUACCAACUGGAGCGAGCAAUUGGAAGCGCCACCGGGCACGGUCGGAGGAUCGGGCCUGGCGCAACGUUAUGCGAAUGUGAUCGUACUGGCGGAGAGGCUACAUCUGACGAGGGCAGCCGGCGAUGGGCGGGUGGACCGCGAGAAGGCCGGGGAGGAGGCGGCGCUGAGGGAGGAGCUGUAUGGGCUGCUGCCGGUGGGGUUGCGGGUGGCGGUGAGGGCGAAGCUGAGGGAGUGCUGGAGGAAGGACGGCGGGGUGGUGGACGAGUGGCUGGCGAAGGGUUGGAAGGAGGCGGUGGGGCGAAUUCUCGGGUGGCUGGGGCCGGUGGCGCACGAUACUGUGAGGUGGCAGGAAGAGCGGAACAUGGACCGGCAGCUGCGCUUUGACACGAGGCCGAGGGCGCUGCUGCUGCAGACGCUGCAUUUCUCCGACAAGGAGAAGGCGGAGGCGGCGAUCGUCGAGGUGCUGGUCGGGUUGAGCUGCGUUUGCUGGUAUGAGGAGCGGCGGUUCGACUCUUCGAGGCCAGGUUUUGAUGAACAUGAUUAAGAUCAACUGAUCAAGUUCAGAAGAAGAUGAAGAACAGUUAGUUAUGGAGAUUUAGGAAUUUGUUAAGCCCCUAGGAAUUGGUAAAAACAUUUUUGGAUUCUUUUUUUUAUGAUAAAAAACAUUCCUGGAUUCAUGUUUAAGGCAUGGAAUGUGUUUACCCAUUCCCCUUGCUGGGUUGGCCGUUUCCAAGAGUUUCAUAGUCCCAGAGGCUCUAGAGACGGAAGAUGCUAGAAAAUAUACUUAUUUUUUCGUAAAUGUGUUGUCGAUCAGGUGUCUCGCGUGACAACGUAGUGGACCGGUCAAAAUUAUCUUCAUGAAUUUGUGCGGCGCUGCCCUGCCACAAACGUCUCGGUCAAACAAGUGUGUCGUAUUGUACCAAAAAAAAAAAAAAAGGCGCAUCGUAUCCGCGUCAUGAAUAAUUUAGAUCCAGCUUUUCUUCGGUUCCCA